AUGGGCUGCGGCAGUUCCAGCAGGGCAGAGGUGCUGCAGCCAUCAGACAAGGAGCUGCCGAAUGGGUGGGGAGCCAAGACCCAGGCUAAUAAUGACCCAUCUCAGAGAGCAGCUGGCUCCACCCUUCGGGAUGUGUCCACCGGGUCAAAAGGCACCUUAGACAGUGGAGUAAAACUUGAAGAUGAACUCAGUGGGGGAAACUUACCUGGGGAAGGUCCAGAAAGGUCACCUUCUCCCAGAGAAAAAAACAACGGGCAAAACACAGACAUCAUGUUACUCAGUGGUGGAUUUGUCAAUAAACCGAUGCACUUACAGGAACGGGAGAGGCAAAAGUCAUCAGAUAUCCUUGAGGAGCUAAUGAUGCAGGGAAUAAUCAAGAGCCAAAGUACAACUUUUAGAAAUGGAGAAGCAGAUGCCAAGCUCAUGGACACCCUGGAAAAGCCACUAAAGAAACCACCAGCCAAGCUGGAAAAGCUUAAGAUCGAAAAGAAGAAAGUGAAUGCUUUAACAAUGAAGGACAUUAAAAAUUCUGCCGAAGAAAGAAGAAAGACUAAAGAAGAGCAACUGAAAGAAAGACUUCAGAGUGGCAGACCUUUUCCAGCAAUUGCCCAUCAAAAUAUAGCUGAGCUGAAUGAGGAAGGCUAUUCAACUUCAGAAGGUCAAGAAGGUACAAACAUUGUUCAGCUUUUAUCAUUUGACCUGGAGACAGAGACUCUGCUGGAGAAGGAAGAAAUAGCUGUCGAAAUUGUAAACAGCAAUUCAGAACACUUUGGUGCUGUGGAGUCUGAUACAACUUAUAACACCAGUUUAAAUGAAGCAUUCUGA